AUGUCUUCAGUGUUCGAUAGCCAAAACCAAUCGAUGAGCUACGGAGGCAUGUCACCGGUAAGCUCCUUCUCAUCUUCGUCUGCUUCAAUGUCACCUCCUCCAAACCCUCGUCGAACUUCAAAAACCCUCGUUCUGACCAAGCCUUUGCACGACGGGCCUUCUUCUAAUUCCCAGCGACCAUCUCGGUCGAAACCCAUUAAAACCACCACAAACCUUUCCUUUAAAACCCACCAAAAACCCAAAACCAUUGCAAAACCAAAACCCAAAACUCCCACAAAACCAAGGCAGCAGCGCCCUUCUUCCUCCGCGGCUGCCAAGAAACCUUACACCAAGCCUGCCCCACCACCGUUCAUUCCAAAUAUUACUCUGGUGGGUGCGACGUAUGACCCUAUCCCUGCUCAUCUCCACAACACACCAUCGCCCGCUGUGCAUCCACCUCCACCAUUAUCCAUCCAACCCUUAGCCACUAUUUACUCGAUUGAAGCAGAAGAAGCCAGCCAAUCCCUUCUGUUGCGUUCACCAAUUAUCAUUUCAUCUUCAGGGUCGCCGCAUACCCCAUCCGGCACCCCACCAAUCACUCCACCGAGGUCUAGCUCUGAUAGUCCUACGUCAGAGCAAAACAUCGACGAACUCACGAAAUUGGCUCGGAGAGACGAGCAAUCUUGGCAAGUCUGA